UCGUUCCGGCCAUCGAUCCGCUGGCUGGUGAUGGCGACGGAGGGUCCCGGAUCGCCCAGCGCCCAGGCCAGCUGCGGGAAGUUGCCGCGACGACCGAACGCAGCGAGCCGAGCCAUCGCGCCGCAGAGCCGGGCGCCGCGCAGGGAAGCCCCGCGAUGAGAGCUGCGGCCGCCGGUGGACGCGGGCCGGGCGGAAGCAGGCGGCGGGUCAUCCGUCGGCCACCGACACAGAGACCCGAGGCGGAAGCAAUGGCGCCUUAAAGCCAUGGACUUGAGGUUCCCCGCCGUGGGUGCCUCGUCGCCGCUGGGCGCACCACCGGCGGGCCUGCUCCGCUCGCUGGAGCGGCGGCCGGGUCCCAGUGCGCUGCACGGCGGUCCCCCUCCGGGCCCGGCUGAGCCGGCGGCACCCGACGAGUCCGAGGACCGGCGCAGCUCGCCGCAAAUCGCGGCCAGCGGCUUCUGCUUCCUGGCAGCGCUCUGUUGCUCGGCGGGCGGCUUCUGGGCGUCGGCGGCCGCCACGCGCCUCCUGGGCGUCGUCUUCCUGGUGGUGGGCGCCGCCGCCGUCCUCGCCGCCAUCCUGUUCGUGCCGGCCGGCCGCGACGGCAAGCUGCCCGUGCAUCGGCGCGCGCUGCCGCUUCUGCUGGCACUGGUGCUGUGGGCCGUGGCCGCCUGGAUCAUAUUCCUGGUGGCGCAGAGCAGUGUUCACGGCAAGGGCGUGCUGGCCGCCGUGGCCGCCUUCCUGCUGCUCUUCUCGCUCGUGCUGCUGCGCGUCGUGUGCCGCCGCUGCCGGCACGGCCGGCGGCCGCUCAAGGACGCCGAGGACGCGGUGCAGCUCGAAGACUUCCACCAUGUGAACACGCAGGUGCGAGACACGCUGCGCUUCGGCCAGUUACGCGCUGAUCCGGCCUUCGGUCCAGCAGCCGCCGAAAGCCGACCCCCCGUGGUGCCCACGGCGCCGCCGGAGACGCCGCCGCAGGCGUCGGCCAGUUUCUCCACGUUCGUGCGCGAGCCGCCCUCGGCGCCCGCGGAGCCGCCGCCCUACGACGGCUUCCCGCCGGACGGCAGCCGCUGCCGGACCCCGCCGCCGCCCUACUCCACGCUUGUCUAGGGCGCCGCCAAUAAGGGCACGGACCUGCGUGUGCCCAGCGUGUGUUGUGCGUGCACUGACUGGUGCAGGGCCCGGGCGGGCAGGGCGGCGGGAGGGCCACCGCCCACCCCCGCUAGCGUGGAAUGCCCGAGGCGUAACCGACCCAGGUCGGCACAGCAGGCUUCGGCCGUUCCACAAAUGCACACUGUACGCGUGCUUUUAAACAGGCUUCACGACAAGUUGUAUGAGAGAGAAGAAAGUCUUUUGCUCUGUACCUGCCGAGUGAACGCCGUCGCCAUGACAGGAGCUUUCUGCAGCGAGGCUCGUCGCACCACACGCGAACCGUCUAGAAACGUUAAACUGAAUGUCGAUCCUCACAAUAGCCUGAAGUAGCAUCCAAAGGCAUCUUUCUUAUGCUGCAAACGAAAUGUAUUGCAGAAUGCAGAAAGUCAGUUAUGCUAAUAUUUCUUCGACACAGGCGCCACAGAAAGACGCGAGCACAGGAUGAUACUACCAGCACAAGCGCCGACUCAAAACUCAGAUUCAUUCGAAAUGGACAGAACACUAUAUACCCAAACGUGGUUAAACAAACAAGUGAAAAGUAGCCAUUUAAAUCCAAGAUUUCUUUUUGGCGCAAAACUGACACAUGAUUAUUUUUUAUUAUGUAUGUGCCGUGCCUAUAUAAUUUCCCGAAUUGUCUGAUUACGAUGCCUGGUGACAUGACCCUGGCUGAACUCAGGUGUGCAGUCGCACUCCGGGCAAUUCUGUGGCGUCAUGUCGAAGAAAUGGACCCGUACCAACUCGCCCAACCGACAGUUAUAGUAAUAUUUGACUUACUUGCAGCGGGCAUACAUACAUUAGAAUACAUGUCAACAAGGUUUCUAUAGAAGGCAGAUAACGGACGAGCACGCUUCACGAGGAGAUACACUUCAAAUAAAGCACAGGGGCUGGCGUCGACCACUGUCCCCUAAAUUAUGAGACAACAGCUCAAUACAUCGUUAAUCAUUGAUGAGGCACGAGUGAUAUUUUUUCUAGUCUCGUUGUUCUCUUGUUUUACUAUUUACUACUUUUAAUUACUACAUCCCUUGUCAUAGUGCAGUGUUCCUAGGUUGUUUUUUUUUUUGUGUGUGUACUUUCCUUUCAGUGCGGAUGUGAUCUCAUAAAAAAGUAGCAUUUCGAAUCGCGCCCAGGCCUACAUUGGCCAUCUCCUCCAUCUGAGUCUUCCUUCAUCCUUUCCUUUCUUUCUUCUCCAUUCCCUUCAUUGCCGCAUGUUGUCCUCGUCACCAAUUGUCAACCCUUCCUUUCUGCGCUUAUUGCUUCUCCACAGAUAUAGUUCGCAUGCAACAAAACACUCUUUCCAGGAAAGUUGGGAAUUUAAUGUAGAGUUGGUCAAGUGACUCUUCAGAAUCUGCACUCCGUCGCACAACCAUGCAGUCUAGCGAGAGCUAUCAUGCAUGCUGAGGCACUGAUGAAUGCGCAACAGGAUUUAGUUCUGUGUUUGACAAUCCAGCCGCCUGCAGAACUGCGAGCAUCUGCAGGUUCAAAGAAGGCGAGAAAUGACCGCAAGAUUCCACAAUACACGGCGCGCUUGUCCCGCGCUCCUCGAUUUGUGCGUCGUUGCCAAGUGCAAAGGUGGCGCUGGCCAAGGCCGGCGCCGAUUUACAUGUUGCAUGCACCCGCUUGCUUCUCAAAAAAGCACGACACGACCGUAGUUUCGUAGCCCUGUACGGCCAUAGUGAGACCGAGUGUGUGUGUUCCGCCACCAGAGGCGGACGCGUAGUGUGCGCCGACGGAAUAGGAGAAGUAAAAAAUAAGUGCGUCGAGUGAGGAGACAGGAGGAGGACCGGACGCGGUUCAGGCACUUAAGUGAUCGCGUACCUGAAUAAACAUUUCAUAGUGCUUGCAAGGGGAAUUCCUGAAAUAGUCUGGCUCAGAUCUCCGUAGCUGAGAGCGUAUAGCUGUGUAUAUUGCCCACGCCUACUUCCAUCAUCGCAUCGCUUUCUCCUUUCAGUCACAUCGACCCCUUCCCCAAUUCCCCGCCUUUCACAAACUAGCAACACUUCCCACGAACCCCCACCAUUUGGCGUCCUUAUUCCAGUUUAUUUCCCUUGCCUUUCAUACGUUUCCCUUUACGUACACUAGAUGCCUAGCAUGAGCGGGCAUGCUAUGAGCGAUGCGCACUGUGGGAAUUGUUCCCUCCCUCUCUCACCUCCUCCACACACACACACACACACACACACACAAUUCUUGUCUUCUGUUCUUUUCCGUUCGCUUACGGCCGCCACUUGUAGGGUGCUGUCGUCAUUCCGAGCAUCUCAAUGCGCACCCCUGAAGUUUUCGUACACUCCAAAAAUGCAGACAUUCCUCUACAGUGUAUAAAAAAAUCAAUAAUAAGAAAUAAUGGUUUUCUGAACUGGU